AUGGCAUCUCUAAAAGAGCACCUCAAGGACUCACUGAAGAAUCUGGUGAAAGAUGAUCUGAGGGAGUUUCAGUGGUCUUUAAAGAAUGAUCAUGCGUAUAUAUCAAAUUCUGAAAUGGCGAACGCAGAUAUCUUAGACACAGUGGAUAAGAUGGUGGCGUGUUUUGGACCAGAAGAAGCUGUGAAGAUCACAGUAGAGAUCCUGAGGAAGAUAAACCAGAAUAAUCUGGCUAAGCAGCUGGAAAACAUUCUAAAGCCAGAGCCUUUAAGAAAGACGGAAAACGACAGCAGUCAAGCUGCUCUUCAUGGUUACACAGAGAUCAGCCUCAGACUAAAGGACAAAUUAAAACAGGACUACAAGAGGAUAUUGGUUGGUAAUUCACAGACGGGUCAUAAGAAAUACCUGAACGAUAUCUACACUGAUUUAUAUGUGGUGGAAAAUGAGACUGGAGGAAGAGUGAAUGAGCAUGAGGUGAUACAGAUCGAAUCAAAUCACAACCGAUUGACUGCCAAGGAGAAGCCAAUCAAGUUUAAUGACAUGUUUAAAGUCCAGUGUGGCACAGGUCGACAAAAUGGAAUAGUGUUGACAGUGGGGAUUGCAGGAGUGGGAAAAACUGUCUCUGUUAAUAAAUUCAUCCUUGACUGGGUUGAGGGAAAAGAAAAUCAGGAUAUAGCCUUCAUUUUCCCUCUGCCGUUCCGUCAGCUAAACCUGACUACAGAGAACUGCAGUCUCAUGGGACUGAUUCACGAAUUCUUCUUUAGUGAACCUAAAGAACUGCCCUCUCUACCUGAAGAUAAUGGUAAGGUCUUGUUCAUUUUUGAUGGGCUGGAUGAAUGUCGCUUCCCUUUGAGCUUUAAAGAUGGUGGCAGAAUUACAGAUGUUCACAAAAAUACAACAGUAAGUAAAAUAGUUACAAGCCUGAUCAAAAGACAUCUGGUUCCCUCUGCUCUCAUCUGGAUCACAUCCAGACCAGCAGCAGCCAGCCUGAUACCCCGAAACCACGUUGAUCAGGUGACUGAAGUGCAAGGAUUUAACGAUGAGCAGAAAGAGCAAUACUUCAACAAAAACAGCAAUUCUAAGAACAUUUCUGAGAACAUCAUCAAUCACAUCAGGAAAUCCAGGAGUCUAUACAUCAUGUGCCAUAUCCCAAUCUUCUGCUGGAUCUCUCUCACUGUUCUUCAGCCUCUACUGGCUCAAGAGAGCAAUGACAAAACACCCACAACUCUCACAGGGAUGUACACAAGCUUCUUAAUUUCUCAGCAGCAAAACAUGGAAGAAAAAUACUGUGAUGAUCCUGAACCUAAAGCCAAUGCAAGGUCUUUUGAUCAGAUUAUUCUGAAGCUUGGGAAACUAGCCUUUCAACAGCUGGAGAAAGGAAACCUGAUUUUCUACAAAGAAGAUCUUCAGGAAUGUGGACUAGAUGUCAAUGAAGGGUUGGUGUACUCUGGGUUAUGCACUCAGAUCUUUCAGAAGGGAACAGUUUCAAAAAGAAACGUUUACAGCUUCGUACAUCUCAGCGUACAGGAAUUCCUUGCUGCUCUCUAUGUGUUUUUUAUUAACAAAGACAAGAAAGCAAACCCAUUUCUUCCAUCCUGGAAAAAAAUGGCACAGAAAAUUUCCAAAAAGCCACUGUUUCAACUUCAUAAGGCUGCAAUCAACAAGGCUUUACAAAGCGAGAAUGGACACCUGGACCUUUUCCUCCGGUUCCUCCUGGGUCUCUCACUGGAGUCCAAUCAGAGUGACCUGAAUGAACUACUUCCAAAACUGAAACUGAAAACAGAGAAUGUUAAAGACACUAUUGACUAUAUCAAAGAAAAAAUAGAGAUGGAGAAAUCAGUGGAAAGAACCAUCAAUCUCUUCCACUGUCUGAGUGAACUGAAAGAUGACUUUGUGGAGGAAAUCCAGAAGAAUCUAAGCUCAGGAAAUCUUUCAGCACAGCAUCUCUCCUCUGCUCAAUGGUCUGGUCUGGUGUUUGUGCUCCAAAUGUCAGAAGAGACUCGAGAGAUGUUUGAACUGCAGAAAUACAGAAGAUCUGAUGAAGCAGUGAUAAGACUGCUGCCAGUGAUCAAAAACAGCAGAAGUGCACUGUAAGAGUCUUCUUUACAUCAAUUUAUAUAACUCAUUAGUUGCUUUAAUUGGGUGU